AUGGCUGAAGAGGUGGCAAUCGCCGAGAAAAACAAAAGAGACGUUACUCCUCAAAAAAGAAAAGGAGACGCACGAACUCGAUAUCUCUUCCCGUUCCCCAUUUUCUCUCCUGGUGCUGGCCAAGCGGCGCUGCCGCCGCCUCCCGUCUUCUCAUCGUUCUCCGAGGACGAGGGCACGAAGGAUGUGGCUGUACCGUCGUGCCCUCCACCUGCGCCGGCUUAUCAACGGGACCUUGCGCGGCUCCCUCUUAUUUCAGCUCCGCCCGCGCCUGCGCCACCGUCGACGGCGCGGCUUUGGCGCCCCCGGUGGCUCCUGUCCGACGCCUACAGCGCUUCCUCGCGCGGAUGCAGCGGGCUCCUGGCCGGUAGAGGAGGAGUUGGAUGCAGAUUGUUCCUCGGCGUGGUCCUGCUCGCCGCCGACGAGGCCCUGCGAGGGGCGAGGAGAUGGCUCCACUGCUCCGAGCGCCUCCAACGUACUGCUGCUGGUGCCAUGGAGGUUCCAGGGGAGGUAGAGAAUGUGAUGUUACGAAAAAUUAGCGCAGCAGCAACAUUUCCAAGGAGAGAAAUAUGUUUUUAUUUUGACUUAACCUGCAAUUUUCUUCCGUUUUGAACACGUGUGUGUUCUUUGGUAUGUUGCUGUAGACAAAAUCAUACGGAUCAGGAUUGUGAAGUUCCUCGUCUUCCUUGAUUUCAAUUUCCACUUCCUCAUCCUCUUCUGAUUUGAUUUGUAGCAUACAAAAAUUAGUGAAGGGGCAAUAUAAUGAUGCAAAAAUAUUAAGAUUGUAUUGAGCAUACCUUCACCAAAGAACAUGUAUUCAUCCUCGUUUGUAUCUUCUUCAAAUAUGACUUCAUCAUUACCUAUGUUGUAAUUUUUUAUUGUUUAUAUUUCUUUGUAUUGCAUAAGAACAUAUAUGAAAUUGAUAACCUUACCGUGA